GGCUACGUUACAUCCCUACGAGUAGCAUGGGUGUUAGUAUCAUAACUUCGUUGGCAAUCAUUACUUGCGGACUGCGGCUUCAGCUUCAAUACGAGGGAGCAAGUUCACGAGUUCAAAAUCAAUCAAUCCAACUCGUCACCUGACAUGUCAUGACGACGUUCGAUAGCAGAACUAGGUAAACACAAGAGGAGCAACUGGUGAAGGUGGUCUUCUUAUCUGUAUCGAUCUUUUGAAAACUUCCUCAAUCACAAGACCAUCAAGAAAAUCAAAGAUGGCAAAAACCCCCUAUCUCGACGCCCUUAACCGCGACGGCUUCGUCCACAUCCCCUCUCUCCUAACCUCUUCCCAACUCAAUACCCUCCGGGCCGCCUCCGCAGAGACCAUCGCCCUCGCCCGCGCUGGGAAAUGGCCCUCUGUGCGCACCCUCCCCAAGCAGUUCCCACCCUGGACCGUUGCGCCCGGCACCAACCCCGCAGCCGGCGGAAUCUGGGGAGUUCAAUUCCUGAUGCACCCGUCAUUACCCUCAUCCCCGACCUUCAUCUCGAAUUACUUCUCCACUCCAAUUGUGAACAUCGUCAAGGAACUCCUGCAAUGUGACGAUGAGGAUUUGGUGCUUGAGCUUUUUAAUUUGCUGUGUCGGCCUGAUAGGGAUUUCGAGCUCAGGUGGCAUAGAGAUGAUAUCCCAGCUACCGCUACAGUGGACGAGGAGCUGGAGAGGUUGAGCCAGCCGGCUUGGAGCGCGCAGUGGAACUUGGCUUUGUAUGACGAUGAGAGUCUCAUCGUUGUCCCUGGUUCGCAUAUACGGGCGAGAACGGCAGUUGAGAGGAGCGCGGACCCGUUUGAAAAGGGGUUACCAGGUGAGAUUAGAGUUAAGAUGAAGGCAGGUGAUGUGGUGUUUUAUAACAACAACAUCCUUCAUCGCGGCGCGUACAAGAGCACGGUCGAGAGAAUGACUUUGCACGGGAGUAUGGGACAUGCUGAGGGCAGUAGACUUAGAGCCAGGAACGUACUACAGCAUGGGAUUGGAGAGUGGGUUCAGGAUAUUGAUCUAAGUGGGUUGGGGGAGGAGGAGAGGAAGAGGGCAGAAGGUAUGAGACGGCGUCUGGUGAAAUUGGGGGCAGAUAGUGGGGAUGUGGGGUAUUCGUUGGAGGGUUGAGCUUCUGAGAUGGGACUUUGUUGAUACUUCGUAACAAUGUCUUCUAUACCAAUAUUGAUCGCAAUAGGAUACCACAAGGACCUAGAUAAGGUAAUCCUAAAGAAGGGUACGCGGCACAUGCUCCCUUCCUACGUCACUAGGGUCUCCAG